AUGGCUAAUAUUGAAAAUGUAUUAAUAUUACAAGGAGAUAUAACUAAAUAAGUAACAGUGAAUGAAAUAUUAAAAAAUUUUAAAGGUAAAAAAGCUGAUUUAAUAGUUGAUGAUGGAGCUCCUGAUGUAACUGGGUUUCAUGAUAUGGACUAAUAUUUAUAAUCUUAAUUAAUGGUUGCAGCUUUAAAUAUUUAUGAAAAUAACAGAUAUACAAUAUACCAUGGAGUUAAUGUUGUUUACAAACAAUUCCCUUUUUACCCUUAAUUCGAUAAUUUCCAUCCAAAUGAUUCCCUAUCUGACAUAGAUCUUUUGAAUCUUCAAAAAUGGGGAUUUAACUUAGUUAGACUUCAUUUAGCUUGGGAAGGAGUAGAACCAUUAAGAGGAUAAUACAACAUAACAUAUCUACAAUAAUUAUAAAAAAUAAUAAAAAAAUGUGAAUAAUAUAACAUUAGAGUUUUAUUAGAUGCGCAUUAAGACUUAUUAUCUUAAAAAACAUGUGGAGAAGGUUUUCCUGAUUGGGCAAUUAAAAUUACAAAUUUCCCGUAUCCAUUACCAUUUAAAUUAGAAAAAGACGAAAAAGGAAUUCCCAAAAGAGAAGACUGUUUGAAACAUGAAUUUGGUUUAUAUUAUGCCUCAUUUGAUGUAUAAAAUAACUUUUAGAGAUUUUUAACAAACGAAGAUGGAAUUGCUGAUUCUUUCGCCUAAAUGUGGGGUUUUGUCGCUAAUUUUUAUAAAAACGAGACAAAUGUUAUUGGCUAUGAAAUAAUAAAUGAGCCUUUUGGAAGUUCAGUUUAUUCGGUUUUCUUGAAAACAUUAAAUUCCAAUAAUUUGUAUCUUUUGCCUUUAUAUAAUAAAGUACAUUAGGAAAUCAGGAAAUAUGAUGAUUAAUCCUUACUUUUCUAUGAAUCUGCCUCAUCUGAUAUACUAAAUCUUGGGUUUAUUCAUAAUGUUGGAGGAGAUGAAUAUUUAGAUAGAGAAGUUUAUUCUUAUCAUAUUUAUUGCCCUUUUAUUUCGAAAGAAGGAGAUCCUUUAAAUAAUUAUAUUUGUGAAGGAUUAGAUAAUAUUAUUUUUAAAGGAAAAUUUAAAGAAUUCAAAGGAUUAAAAGUAGGCGGUUUUUUAACUGAAUUUGGAGCUUUGAGUAAUUCUACAAAGGCCUUUUAAGAAAUAGAAAGCGUGGUAAAAAAUUCCGAAUAAAACUUCCAUUCUUGGGCUUAUUGGUAAUUUAAAUAUUAUGGAGAUAUCACUACUUAAUCUAGACCAGGUACUGUGGAGAGCUUUUAUGAUAAUUUUGGGAAUUUAAAUAGUUUAAAAGUAAAAGCUUUGUCAAGAACUUAUGCGUAUAAAAUAUGUGGAAAACCUAUUUAUACGGAGUUUGAUGGUCAAAAUGGAAAAUUUAUGCUUUCGUUUUUUUAUGAAAAUAGUAAGAGUUGUUAAGGAAAAAAUACGGAAAUUUAUUUAAAUGAAGAGUUUUAUUAUUAAAAUGGAGUUAAAUGGGAUUGUGGAAAAGUUAAGUGUUAAUUUUUAAAAAUUAAAGAAAAUUAUUAUUAAUUAAUUAUUUAAAAUUAAGAAAAUAUUUAAGUUGAUUUUAAAAUUUAUUGA